CGCAGAGAUUUCUGAAAGUCCAGAAUGAUUAGCUCAUUAAAGUUCAAUAUUCUUCUAGUUCUGACAGUUUCUACGAUGCAUGUGUUUUGCAAUUACCCUGCUUCAUCUUCUAAGGUGUCUGGAAAAUCCGAUUGCUUUCUCAUCCUGCUGAACAGCUGCCCACCCAGGACAGGCAGGAGUGAGGAGCUGGAUUCUCCAAAGCCCGUCUUGGAGAAGAUGUCUAUUAAGAGGUCCUUCCGCAAUGGAGUUGGCAUGGGGGUGAAAAAAACUUCCUUUCAAAGAACAAAAUCAUGAUUAAGUGUGCAAAAGGCUCUGGAGAUUAAUCUC